UCCACACAUGUUUUUGACUGACACAAACUUUUCGCCCUGUCAUGCCUUCACUACGGUUCUCCCGUGACCAUAAACCAGGGAUUGGAGUCCCAUAUAGCUAUGUGAGGUGAAUGCAAGGAUUUAUUUGUUUAUCAGGUUGAAGGGGUCGAAUGAUAAACAAAAAAUUAUUUUUUUGUGAUUUGGUUUGGCUACUUCUGCACACAAAAAAAAAUACGGUGGCGCUUCAACUCCAAGACGCGCUGUGUGUUCCUCUUCCAAAGAUCGACAUGAUGUCUGCCAUUGACACGGGUACCUCUGUGUACCAACCAGCAAAACUACUGAACUGGCUUUACACGUCACUACAUGACACGCAACAAACCAAUACCUUCGAUGCGUUCCGAACGGAAUCGGACAGUUCUCCACGCGACCGGAACAACAAACAGCGGUCCGAGGCUGCUGUCGACCUGAGCACUGCGCUCAACUCCAACUAUCUCAUCAACUUCGUGCAACUUCAGAGGAAUGAGGCCUUAAACAGCAACUUGUAUAAAAGUUCCUCACUCAACAACAUCAUAGACGGCCUGAGUUCUCUGACAGACCACUUCUCUGACCUCUCCGUCUCCUCUGAGCCACGCAAAUCCAGCAAGCAACCGCCGCCCAACUACCUGUGCCAUCUCUGCUUCAACAAAGGACACUACAUCAAAGACUGCCCUCAGGCUCGGCCUAAAGGGGAAGGCCUGACCCCAUAUCAGGGCAAGAAGAGAUGUUUCGGGGAAUACAAGUGCCCUAAAUGCAAGAGGAAGUGGAUGAGCGGAAACUCCUGGGCCAACAUGGGACAAGAAUGCAUCAAGUGCCACAUCAACGUUUACCCUCAGAAGCAGAGACCUCUGGAGAAACCUGAUGGGUUAGAUGUUUCAGACCAGAGCAAAGAGCACCCACAGCACCUGUGUGAAAGAUGCAAGGUCCUCGGCUACUACUGUCGUCGCGUGCAAUAAUAACCUGUCGUUAUCUGGUUCAUGGAGUUGCCCUCUAGACACUGAUCUUGGGUCAGUUUAGCAUUUUCUCCACCAAUGGUUAAGGUCAGGUCUGGGGGAGGGGAAGCUGUACCUAGAGUAAACUUCAUCCUGGAGCCAAGUUCACUGCCCUGGCCGUAGGUUCACUUAAACCUCCAGUGGUUUAUGAAGAGGCAAAACUCAUCUAAAUGUGUUAUAUAUAUAUAUUUAAUCUCAGUAAAAAUAGGCCUGAUUGUCCUGCCGUACUCUGUUGUACUGUGAAACAUUUACCUGUUUGUGUUCCCUACAUGUGUGUAAAUUGGGGGCAAUUCCAUUUCAACUCAGUCAAUUCAGGAAGUAAACUGAAGUUCCAAUUUCAGUUUACUUCCUGAAUUGAAGUGAAAUUGACCCAAACCCUGGUGUGUCGUGUGUGUUUUAUGACGAUAUCCCUGGAUUCCAAAGGCGUGUUGUCGACAAGCGCAUAGCCUUAACUGUUCAAAGUCAUUAACGCUGGCGUCGACGUCCACACCGUUUACCGUGAAUAAGAACUCUUGAGAAUGUCGGGGAGAGAAAUUGCCUUUUUUUUAAAGGGGCAUAUUCAGCAAUGCGACACAGUAACACUGGCUGACAACCCACACUUGAUUGGAUCCCGGCCCAAGUGAAAUGAAUUAGGUUGGUGUUGGGUCAUAGUAAUAAUAACAAUAAUAUACAAUAAUAAAAUAAUAUCAACUCAGAGAGGGAUUCUGAAGACGUUGUUUCCUGUUUAUGUAUUCAAUAGUCUAACAUAUUUCAUUGAGUCAUUUACUAGUUAUGUUUUUACAUUGUGAAAUGUUAUCAGCACGAGGAUUAAAUAUCGUGUCACCCUUUUCAUACAUCUUCCGAGAUGUGGAUCAAACUAUGGAAUCAGCAGCUUUUUGAAAGCAGGGCAAAUAGUUUACAUUUAAAUCUGAUGCGGUAUGCUUAUACAGCACCAGUCAAAUGUUUGGUCACACCAACUCAUUCAAGGGUUUUUCUUUAUUUUUUAAAACUAUUUUCUACAUUGUAGAAUAAUAGUGAAGAUAUCAACACAUAUUGAAUCAGGUAGCAACCCAAAAAAAGUGUUAAACAAAUACAAAUAUAAUUUUAUAUUUGGAGAUUCUUCAAAGUAGCCACCCUUUGCCUUGAUGACAGCUUUGCACUCUUGGUAUUCUCUCAACCAGCUUCAUGAGGUAAUCACCUGGAAUGCAUUUCAUUUAACAGGUGUGCCUGUUAGAAAAAGUUAAAAGUUAAAAGUUCAUUUGUGGGAUUUAUUUCCUUCUAAAUGUGUUUGAGCCAAUCAGUUGUGUUGUGACAAGGUAGGGGUGGUAUACAGAACAUCGCCCUAUUUUGGUAAAAGACCAAGUCCAUAUUAUGGCAAGAACAGCUCAAAUAAGCAAAGAGAAAUGACAGUCCAUCAUUACUUUAAGACAUGAAGGUCAGUCAAUCUGGAAAAUUUGAAGAACUUUGAAUGUUUCUUCAUUUGCAGUUGCAAAUACAAUCAAGCGCUAUGAUGAAACUGGCUCUCAUGAGGACCGCCACAGGAAAGAAAGACCCAGAGUUACCUCUGCUGCAGAGGAUAAGAUCAUUAGAGGUAACUGCACCUCAGAUUGCAGCCCAAAUAAAUUCUUCACAGGGUUCAAUUAACAGACACAUCUCAACAUCAACUGUUCAGAAGAGACUGUGUGAAUCAGGCCUUCAUGGUCAAAUUGCUGCAAAGAAACCACUACUAAAGGACACCAAUAAGAAGAAGAGAUUUGCUUGGACCAAGAAACAAGACCAAUGGACAUUAGACCAGUGAAAAUCUGUCCUUUAGUCUGAUGAGUCCAAAUAUGAGAUUUUUGGUUUCAACCACCGUGUCUUUGUGA